AAGGCGAGGAGAUUGACGUGGUGACGGUGGAGAAGAGACAAUCGCUCAGCCUGAGGAAGCCUGUCACCAUCACACUGCGUGCCGACCCCUUGGACCCCUGCAUGAAACGCUUCCACAUCUCCGUCCACCAGCAGCAGCACAACUAUGAGGCCCGCUGGCCGCCGGAUUCGCGUUCCUACAGCGAGGACGUGGCCAAGAGGAAAAACCACAAUUACCUGGAGCGCAAACGGCGCAACGACCUGCGCUCGCGUUUCCUGGCCCUGCGGGACCAGGUCCCCGGGCUCGCCAGCUGCCCCAAGACCCCCAAAGUGGUGAUCCUGAGCAAAUCCUCCGAAUACCUGCAGUCGCUCAUCAGUGCCGAGAGGAGGAUGGCAGCGGAGAAGCGG